AUGUCGGAACAAGCAGACCCAGAACUAGGAUACAGUCCAGCAAAGAACGAGCGGAAGUUCGGUCUCUCGGACACGAUGAGAAACCAUCUUAUUGCCACUAGUGGAGAAUUCAUCGGUACCUUCAUCUUUCUCUGGAGUGCCUACAUGAUUGCCCAGAACGCAAACUCGGAUGUGUUUUACGGAACGAAGGGCUCGAACCCAGCCAAGCUUAUCAUGAUCUCGUUUGGUUUUGGUUUUGGUGUUAUGGUGGGCAUUGUGCUCACAGCCAGGGUUUCCGGUGGCCACUUGAACCCCGCCGUGACUCUUUCGAUGUUCAUGGCUGGCCAGGUCACUCCGGUUAGAGCCCUCUUGAUGAUUGUGGCGCAGCUUGUCGCUGGUAUGGCUGCAGGCGGUGCUGCCUCUGCUAUGACUCCCGGUCCUGUUCUUUUUGCCAAUGCGCUUGGUGAUGGUGUUUCAAGAAGUAGAGGUGUGUUCAUUGAGGCCUUUGGUACAUGCAUCUUGUGCGUGACCGUCCUCAUGACCUGUGCCGAGCAGUCAUUCCUCUCCGCCUGGGCCCCUGCUGCCAUCGGUAUCUCGUUGUUCAUUGGUCACUUGAUUUGCGUCUACACGACCGGUGCUGGUUUGAACCCGGCCAGAUCCUUGGGUGCAGCUGUGGCCGCCGUGCCUGACACUGCCUUCCCAACGUAUUUCUGGAUUUACUGGAUCGGCCCAAUCCUCGGUGCUAUUCUUGCCUGGGGAAUCUGGAAGUUCUGGAAGAUUUUGGACUAUGAGACGUGCUGUGCCGCACCUCCAAAGGCUAAAGAGGACGAGAUCGAGGAUUAA